AUGAGUUUGCAUCAAGAAUUUGCGACUAGAGAAGAACUGAGGGAUUUAGUGGACAAAGGUGUGCAUUCCAAUUGUUUUGAGGUUGAUAUAAAGAAGUCGAAUCCUCGGGUUUACAUAUUGAAAUGUCGUGGGGCUGGAUGUAGAUGGUAUUUACGAGCUGCAAAGCUGAAGAACUCUGUUUUUUUCUCUAUCAGAACGUAUAGAAAGAUGCAUACGUGCUCUCGUGGAGAUGCAAGUGUCAUGAAGAAGAAGAAAAGAGGCACACCAAGCUUGGUCGCAUCAGUGGUGCACUCUGAUUAUCCCGGCAAAUACAAGACUCCGGAUCCAAAGACUCUCAUAGAUUUGGUGCAUAACAGACUGGGUGUUAAGGUUUCAUAUUCUACGGCUUUGAGUGGGAAAAAUAAAGCUUUGAGUGAUUUGUGUGGUAACCCAGAGGAGAGUUUUGCUAGGCUGCCAUCUUACUUGUACAUGUUACAAAGGAUGAAUCCUGAUACCAUUACACGAUUAGAAGUGGAUGAGAAGAACCAGUUUAAGUAUAUGUUCUUUGCGCUCGGAGCUUGCAUCGAAGGGUUCAAGGCGAUGAGGCAAGUGAUAAUAAUGGAUGGAACUCACCUGAAGGGUGUAUACAAAGAAGUUCUUCUCAUUGCCACUGCUCAGGAUCCAGAUCAUCAUCAUUAUCCCCUUGCUUUUGCGGUAGUAGAUGAAACCAAAGCAUCAUCAAGAAAGGAAGUACACGAGGUUUACCCAUUGGUGAUCCAUGGAUAUUGCAAUUAUCACUUAUCUAAUAAUGUCAGCGGAUCUUGCAACAAUGUUAACAAGAAAGGGGUUGCCAAAAAAAUUAGAAAUAUUGCUGGUAUUUACAGUGAGGUGGAGUUCAGAAAAUGCUACAACGAUUUUAGGAAAAUGUAUCAUCAAGCGGCCGAGUAUAUAGAUGACAGUGUUCAUGAGACCAAAUGGGCAAGAUGUAAAUUUCCGGGAGAAAGGUACAACAUAGACACAACCAACACUGUUGAAUCUAUCAAUGGUGUUUUGAAGGAACCAAGGAAAUAUGCGUUGUUGACAAUGCUUGAUGUGAUCGUGGAAAAGAUAACAUAA